AUGUUUCAGCUUAAAUAUUUGUAUAACGAAUAUGACACCUUUGAACCUAUUCUUUGUGAUGAAGAAGCCAUAAAAGCAACUUUCGGUGUUGAUGAAAGUGCUGAUCUGGCGAACUUUGUUGUCACAACCUGUAGCAUGCGUAUGAUCAUGGAAACUGAUUUUGUUCAGGAAAUGUCCUCUACUAUUGAUACAUCUGCAUUAUUAACUGAAAUUGAAGAGGUAUCAUAUCGACCUUUUGACUGUCCUGUUUUCUAUGCCGAAGUUGAAAAAUUUGUUCAUGAUGUUAUUUCCGUGUCCGGUAACAUAAGCAGAAUGCUGGAGGAUGAAAUCUUUUUCGAGCAGUACAUUGGUGAUGUUAUCGCGUUCUUGGGUUUCUUAAAUGAACUUGAUAGCGAAGAGAUAGAAGGAAUGACCUCAAUCAUUUCGAUCUUAGAGCAGUUCACAUCCGAUGACAUGAAUACUGAUCUUCUGAAGCUUAUUAUUGAACUAUUCGAAUAUGGAACGCAAGGACAGUUUAAUUCAACUGAAGUAUUAAUUAGGCUAGCCGACAUAUUACACAACUCAACUGCAGUCUCAGAUUGGCUGACUGAGACUACAGAUCUAUCCCCAGAGACGAUUGAUCAGAUAAUGAAUCUAUUCUUAAAUGCUGAUAAGUUAACUUAUUUGGAUGACUCCUCUGAUAUUGAUAUAUAUCAUCUGAUUUGCAACGAAUCAACAUUUGACGACCUCUUUACUUCCGAAGAAAUGUCUUUGGAGCUUGUCUACGCUGUGAUAUGUUCUCCAACAGACCCCAAAAUAAUCCAGUAUAUUUACGAAGCUAUUGAUAUUCUAAAAUUAAUUGAACAUAUGAAAAAUCAAACAAAACAAUUAGACGAUUCGUCCAUGAAGGAGGACAUGAUGGAGCUGUACGAACUAUUCAUGGGUGUCAGUGACGAGAGUUUUCGAGAACUAUUGGGUAUAUCAGACGAUUUUAAAAAUGGCAUCAUGAGUGUAUACGAUUUGGUUGCUGUACUAUCAACAGGCAGUGAAUUCUCCGACAUAUUCAGAAGUAUUGGUAAUGUUCUUGAUGAAUUUGAACCAAUCCUUGGAGAAAACGAACUAUACAAAGAGAUUGCAAUGCUCAUGGAUGCAUUGGAAAAUUUGGGGUUCAUUCGAAAUCUAAUCGGAGAGCUUCCAACAUUCAAACUCGGCAAUAUGUUUUAUGACACCGAAGAAGUAGAAAUGUUCUUGAUUACCGAACUAGGGUUGUCAGAAAAAUCUGCGGAAGACCUUCUCGACUCAUUUGUCCUUCUUGAAAACAUUUUAGAUUUGGAAUAUUUUGAUUCGUUCGCAAGUGUUUUCUGCGAUGAAGAGCAAUUGGAUAAGCUUCUGACUUUUCCAAAUAAUACGAGUACAUCGGAUAUUGCAGAUGCACUGUGUCACGCAGAGCCAGAGGAAUUAGUUAAAUUGGGAGAUUUCUUAUUCAAACAAUUGGACGCUGGUGAAAUUGUUAUAGAUAUUGUUAAAUUCUCAAUAAGUGACCAACUUGAAAAUGCAACUGAAAGUGUGAAGAAAGUUAACAAUCUAAUAAACCAGCUACAAGAUGCACUCCCAUCUUUAAAAUCAACAAUGAAUAUUAGUAACAUUCUACCGGACAAUAUAUUGGAGGAUCUUUCUGGUACGGUCUCAGCACAAACUGCUAAUGAAGCGUUACAAGUAUUCGUCUGUGGAACAACUGUACAGGACGCAGGAGAUAUGACUCGCAGACGUAGAAGGGAAACGCGCAGUCAAAAGCGCGAAGUACCUGUAAGCGCUACACAUAUGGAGUUUAGUGGAGCAAAUGUGAAAUCAAAACGAGAAGCUGAAAGUACUGGAAGACAAAAGAGGGAAUUGAUUGGAGGAAAUUACCAGUCAGACGCAAAAACACCUUUUUGUAAUGAUUUAUAUCGCUACAUUAAUAAUGGGAAGGAUGGCGUCAUUGCAUGGACCUACUUGAAGCCUGUUCUAUUAGGAAAAAUUCCAUACUCACCUAAUAGCCCGGCUGCUCAGAAAAUCGUAAAAGAAGCAAAUUAUAUGUUUGAUGAGAUCAAGCAGAUUCGAGAUUUCUCUGAGGCUUGGCUUGCUGGAUCGGCAGACCUAGGUUCCUUGAAUACAAACGAGUUUGAUAAUCUAGUGGAUUUAUUGGACAAUACAUUCGUUCAGAAUCUACUGACACAACAAACAGAUAUCGACGCAGAUAGCUUGAACUCCGUGCUAACGGAUGGUAUUGGACUUACAGCUAAGGAUAUUAAAGAUAUAAAUGUUCUAGCCGAAUUCAUAGUAAAUUUCACUAACUGUAUUGAGGUAGAUCGCUUCGUUGGUUACGACACAGAGGCAGACAUGUACGCUGCUGCUGAGACACUCUACGAUGACAAUAAACUAUUUGCAGCUGUACGAUUUUUGAAUAUUGAUGAUGCUACUGAAGUGCCCCACCAUGUUUCGUACAAGAUUCGAGUGGAGAUUGACAAUACACCAGAUACUGAUUUGGUUACUGAACAAUUAUGGCGACCAGGACCUAAUAAUGACUUCAAAACUGAUCAGCAGUAUUUACGCGCUUUCAUAAUUGUCCAGGAUAUGCUAGACCGCGGAAUUAUCAACCUGCAUUCAUCAGACGGCAAUGUCAUCCAGCCUACCACAUAUAUUCAACAAAUGCCUUACCCAUGUUACCAAGAUGAUGAGUUUGCCUACUACAUUACCUAUGCAAUACCAUUAUUCCUUACAAUUGCAUUUAUCGUCGUCGUUGCUGUAAUGUCCUAUGGUCAGGUUUAUGAAAAAGAAAACGGUUUAGAAGAGACAAUGAUGAUUAUGGGUCUGAAGAGUAAGAUUAACUGGAUUUCGUGGUUUUUCGUUAAUUUAUUGAUCCUUACAAUACUCGCGAUAACCAUAGCUGUUAUUCUAAAGUAUGGUGACAUUCUAUCUCGCAGUGAUGUAUUUGUUAUCUUCGUCUUUCUUGAAUGCUUCGUCUUCUCUAUAAUGAUGAUGAGCUAUAUGGUUGGUUCAGUGUGUCAACGACCAAACAUCGCUGCCCUAACAGGUGCCCUAAUAUACAGCAUUUCAUUCAUUCCUGUAUUUCUGCUGUACUUAAUGGGGUCAGAAUUAGAUUUAUGGGCUGAAAUUCUUUUGUGCUUGUUGUCACCGUCUGCAUUUUGCUACGGCUGCGAGAUGCUGACUAUAUUUGAAGAGCAAGUUAUUGGAGCUACAUGGAGUAAUUUUGACACAAAUCCAGUUAAAGGAGAAGAAAUAUCAUUCGGGCUCGUGUGUGCCAUUAUGGCCGCCGACGGAAUACUUUAUUUUAUUAUAGGCUGGUACGCGAAGAACGUAUUCCCUGGAAAUUACGGUAUUGGCAAACCGUGGUACUUUCCACUUAUGCCGUCAUACUGGUGUGGAUGUUCUGGUGAUGGUGAAGGUGUAGGGGCGAAUACGAAGAAAAAGUAUAAAUCAAAAAAGCAGCCUAUUGAAUCAGGUACAAAAUUAGUGUCAAUGCUGACAGGAUUCUAUUCACCGACUUCUGGAGAUGCGUACAUCGGUGAUUACAAUAUCAAAACAGAUGCUCAUGUCAUUCGUCAAGAUCUGGGGUUCUGUCCACAACAUAACGCCCUCUACGACAACCUGACUGUGAGAGAGCAUCUUCAUAUGUACGGAACUCUAAAGGGAGUAUCAGAAUCUAGAAUACAAGAUGAAAUCGAUUUAAUGCUAGAAACGCUCGAGAUGAAAGACAUGAUAGACCAACUAGCAAAAAACCUGUCUGGUGGCAUGAAACGCAAAUUGUCUGUUGCUAUUGCAUUUUUCGCUGGCUCGAAGGUUGUUAUUCUUGACGAACCAACAAGCGGAAUAGAUCCGAAUGCCAGAAGAGCGAUAUGGGAUCUUAUUGUUCAGUAUAAAGAAGGGCGCACUAUCAUACUUUGCACUCAUUUCAUGGACGAAGCAGAUAUCUUAGGAGAUCGUAUUGCGUUUUUGGACCACGGACGUGUUAAAUGUUGUGGAUCCCCAAUGUUUCUAAAACAAAAAUAUGGAAGUGGGUACAAACUGACAUUAGUAAAAGAGAAUGCGAGUCAGAUGUCAACACCAAGCACAACACGUGUGGCACACACCGACUUGAGCAGUAGUUCCCAAAGAUCCGACUCCAUUACGACUGAAGAGAACAGACAAAAAGAGGCCGACAGACUUGAAAAUGAGUAUGUUAUUCAUCCUUCAAUAGAUGAUAAACAGUCCACCUCACAUCACAGCGAAUCAUCUUCAGCCCGACUGAGCCCAAGAACAAACCUGUGUGAUACGAAUUCAGUGACGGAGUUUAUUAAAUCAUAUGUUGAGGGUGCAAAACUAAGUGAAGACAUUGGUUCAGAACUUUCAUAUAAUCUACCGACUGAAAGUGGACAAACCCAAAAAUUCGAGACAUUUUUCAAUGUACUUGACUCAGAGUUAGAGAACCUUCAUUUGACCAGCUAUGGUAUUUCGAAUACAUCACUCGAAGAGGUCUUUUUCAAGAUUUGUGGAACCGGAGAUGACGAGAGUACACCGGUUGCAAAAUCUGAGAAGAAAAAGUCCUCAAAUUCGCCGCCACAAUCAGCAGAUAACGGAGAAGACAACUGGAUGUUCAAUCACGAGUACAGUGGAAAUAAUGAUAUAUGGUUUAGAGCCUCUAACUCUGCAACUUCAACAUCUACAAACUCACUCGAGGUUGAUGACUCUAUUCGCAUUACGGGAUUAAUCUUAGUUAUCCACCAGUUCGAAGCGAUCAUUUACAAGAGGUUCCACAGUGUUAGACGUGACAUACGAGGAUUCUUCUGGACCAUCAUCUUCCCGUCUGCAUUGAUUGCUUUAGCUCUGCUUAUCAAAGAAAUACGACCAACUCCAAGUUUCCCGUCAAGACAGCUAGAUCCUGCUAUGUUUGGACCAUCCAGUUACCUUUUUUUCAGCAAUGGUGAUAGGGAUGAUUAUUUUGUAGAACAGAUGACAGAUAAUCUUGUAUACAAUCCGGGUAUUGGAACGAGUUGCAUGGCCGAUUCUAAUGACAAGAGUGAAUAUCCAUGUAUAGACUCUCAAGAUAAAGUACAACUGGCGUCCGAAUUGAGUUACUCAGAAAAAGUGAAGAGGUGGGAACAGGAUAGACAGGCGCCUAGUUGUUCCUGUGGCGAUGGCUAUUUGAUAUGUCCAGAGGGGGCCGGGGGAGCAGAUCCUCUGUAUUGGCGAACGAACACAACAACAAUAUUACAAGACCUGAGCAUUAAGAUGGACAUAAAUGAAUAUUUACUACGUACAUCGGGUGAUUUUACUGAGAAAAGAUAUAUCGGCGUUACAUUUGACGAUAUUAAAAGGACCAGUAAUGGUACGCAACACGUGACUAGGGCUUGGUAUGAUAACAAUGGUUUACAUGCAUUGCCGACUUCUUUGAAUGUGCUCAACAAUAUUAUACUAAGGGCAAAUUUCCCAAGAGACACUGCUCCAACUUAUGGUAAUUAUAUUAUAUUCAGGUAUUUAGUACCGGUAGCUUAUGUGAAGUAUUUGGAGGCGGGUAUUAACUACGGAAUAUCAAUCUUGUUAGUAUGCGCUUUUUCGAUGAUUCCGGCCGCAUUCGUCGUGUAUCUCGUUGGUGAAAACUUAAACGGAACUAAGCGACAACAUUAUGUCAGUGGAAUGCCCAAAAUGCUUUACAUCAUAAGCAACAUUGUGUGGGACCUAAUAACGUUUUUAGUUCCAGUUGGUAUCACACUCUUGAUUGUGUACCUGUUUGACGCGGAAUCGUUUGCUUCACCUGACAAUAUGCCCGCAUUUGCAACAUUACUAUUGCUUUAUGGAUGGGCGGUAAUUCCGGUGAUGUACAUUUCGAUUCGAGCGUUCAAGGACGUUGGUACAGCGUUUAUAACUCUCUUUUGUGUCAAUAUUUUCAUUGCUAUGUUAACAAAUCUUCCAGUGAUAAUCAGGGAAUUGUUUCCGGACGCUGAGCAUGAGGACAUUUACGAGACAAUAAAUUAUUGUUCUCUUGUCUUUCCUCAAUACUGUUUGGCAGGAGGUUUAACAAAUCUCAUUUACAACCAAUUUGAGGCUGACAUGUACGCACGUUUUGGCAUCGAUAUGUAUGAGAAUCCAUUCAGUAAGGAAAUGCUUCAAUGGAAUUUCAUUGCACUGGCUGUGGAGGGAGCGUUUUUCUUAAUUGUCGCCAUUUUGAUUGAGUACAUCUUGGCAUGCAACUGUAAUUGCAGUUCAAGGUGUUUGAUUAAGGAAACAGACCUAUCAGGAGAAGAUGAUGACGUUAGACAAGAGCGUCAGCGAGUUCUCGAAGGUGGUGCCAAUGAUGCAAUGGUCAAAGUUAAAAAUCUUAAGAAGAUUUAUCGAGCCGGUGGAAACAGGAUAGUUGCUGUUGACAGUAUUUGUGUUGGAAUACAGAAAGGAGAGUGUUUCGGACUUUUGGGAGUAAACGGAGCUGGUAAAACGACGACAUUUAAGAUGAUGACUGGUGAUGCUGAGCCUACUACAGGUAGCGUCAGCAUUGAUCAUAAUAGCAGGAUUGGCUAUUGUCCGCAGAAAGAUGCUGUAUGCGAUUUGACCACUGGUCAUGAAUUACUGGUGUGUUACGGCAUGAUUAAAGGCUUGUCUAUUAAACAAAUAAAAAAGAUCAUUCCGUUUGUAACUGGCAAGCUUGGAAUGGACAAGUACAUCAAUAAACGAAUCAGCACAUACAGCGGCGGCAUGAAGCGAUCACUAUCAACUGCUAUAUCACUCAUUGGAGACCCGAAUAUUCUAUUUUUGGAUGAGCCGACUACUGGUAUGGACCCGAUCAGUCGACGUAGAGUAUGGAAAAUGAUCAACAGUGUAGUGAAAGCUGGAAAAUCAGUGAUCCUUACAUCACAUAGCAUGGAAGAGUGUGAAGCCCUGUGUACUCGUUUAGCCAUAAUGGUCAACGGCAGAUUCAAGUGCAUUGGAAGUCCGCAGCAUGUCAAGAGUCGUUUUGGUGAUAACUUCACUAUCAUCCUACGAGGAGCAGACGAACAAGCAGUUCGACAAAUUACUACCUUCUUUGGUCAAAAUUAUCCAACCGCCGUUCUGAAGGAAUGUCAUCUGAACUUAGUUCAGUACGAACUGCCGAUGAAGAGUACAUCCCUCGCCGACAUUUUUGGAAAUAUUGAACGACAGAAAAUAGCUCUGAGAAUUGAAGACUACUCUGUAACACAAACCUCUUUCGAACAAAAACUACGAUCAAUCAUGAAUAUCAAAUGGGAGGAUUUUGUCGUCAACCUAGAAGUUCUGGAAAGAGCUAAAACUAACAGCAUUGAGGCUACCAUCAUCAAACACCGCCUCAGAUGA